AACAGCCUUAAACCACGGAGAGUAGGCGACUUUUCUCCGUGGUGUAAAAUUCCAAUUUCCUUUUAAAAAAAUCUGAACUUGAAGACAAAGUUGUUUUUAGAAAACAGUAGAUAGUAUUUAAUCAUGACAGUUUCCGCGAUCGACAGCCAACGCUUAAACAAAGUCCUUCGGAAACAAAGAGGCAGGAACCUGAUCCUGGACUGUAGACCGUUUUUGUCCUUCGCCGCGUCUCACGUUCGCGGUUCGCACAGCGUGAACCUGAAUUCGGUGGUGGUGAGAAGAUCCAAAGGUGGCCCGGUUCCUCUGCAGUUCAUCAUCCCGGACGAGAAAGCCAGAGCCCGGCUUCGAGAAGGCAGGGUGUCCACUGUGGUGAUACUGGACGAGAGAACUUCGCAGAAGCAGAGACUGAGCAAAGACAGUACGGCGCAGAACGUGUUAAACACGUUAACUGCUGUCAUAUCAACGGCCAAAAUAUAUUUUCUCAAAGGGGGGUAUGAAGAUUUUCACUCUCAGUAUCCAGAGUGCUGCACGGAGCUGGAACAAGGCUUGAACUACUCCAGUCUGCAAGAAGCUGAUGCAAGCCGUUCAAACCAGCUUGAAAACCCCUGCAGGCCAGCCUACGAUCAGGGGAAGCCUGUGGAGAUUCUGCCUUUUUUAUACUUGGGCAGUGCUUACCAUGCCUCAAGACCAGACUUCUUAGAUGAUCUCCACAUCACUGCUUUGCUAAAUGUCUCCCGGAGCUGUGCAGAAUACUUCAAAAGCAAUUAUCUUUACAAGUUCAUCCCUGUAGAAGACAGUGCUUCGGCAGAUAUAAGUUCCCAUUUCCAGGAAGCAAUAGACUUCAUUGAUCACGUGAGACACACAGGAGGGAAGGUUCUAGUCCACUGUGAAGCAGGAGUCUCUCGGUCACCCACGAUCUGCUUAGCCUAUCUAAUGAAAAGCAAGCAACUACGACUGGAGGAAGCCUUUGACUACAUCAAAGAGCGAAGAAGUACGAUUUCUCCAAAUUUUGGAUUUAUGAACCAGCUACUACAUUAUGAAUCUGAAAUGCUCCCCCUUACCCACACCAUCAGUUCUUGUAAAAGAGACACAGCGUCCUGCUCUGCAGAGGAAUUGACCUACAACAAAAGUUUGGACAGUUCAGUUUUUUCCUUUCCCAGUUCACUCUUAAGUACAGUGCCAAUCCCAGCACCAGGUCAUCAGUUUGAAUUCAGUCCAAUAAAGGUAUCGCUUUCGUGCUGAAACACAGCAUGCCAGAAACUGUAAAGUGGAGAAACACAAAAAUGCUGACAUCAGGUGAUGGAGAACCUUGACUGCUUUUCUUCCGCAAUACGUUGUGCUGACGGUGUUUGUUCAAUUUCAACCAAGUCAGCUCAGCACAUUUUCUGCUGACACGUAACUCGUUACCAAUGAAAUGGAAAAGGCAGUGUAACUUUGGAGCAUCGUCUUUGCUGUUACAUGUCUACGUAGUGUGAUUGAGCUAAGGCCUUCCAAUCUUUUAUGUCUCAUAUGUUCUGAGCACAUGAACACAAACCAAAGCUGAUUUCAACAGUAUAAUCUGUUUCUACAUUUACACCACCGUGUUCACUUCAGGUCCAUGUGUCUCAAACAAUUGCAUGAACAGUCAUAUGUGUGAUAUUAAACAAGGUAAAAUACCAAUAAAUGUUUUUUUCCCCCUAUGAAAACAACCAUAAUAUGAAAGAACAGGAGGAACAACUACAAAUCUUAAUCACCAUUGUUCAAGAACUAGAAUCCCUGUGCUUCUUUACCAUCUUAUAAUAAAUGGCUGGUACAAAACACUGGUCAGGCAGCAUUUACGGAAAGGAAUAAAGAGUCGACCCUUUAGCGCCCUUCUUGAUUUCCGAUGCAGGGUCUUUGCCAGAAAUCCAUAGACGCUGCCUGACCUGCUGAGCUUCUCCAGCAUUUUGUGUGCACUGCUCUGGAUUUCCAGCAUCUACAGAACCUCUUGUGUUUUAGAAUAAAUGCCUCUUUUAGUUUACGCAACCAGUUCAAACAAAACCUAUGUGAAACGAAAACUAAUUCAAUUGAAAUAAGCUUUUACCCCAAGCAUCAAGUUUUAUCUGAUUCUGUGAUAACAAAAUAUUUUCUUGCAUGGAAUCAGAGAUUUCAAAUGCUUGAAGUCUAAUCUAAUUGAAAGAAAAGUUUUCAUGUACCGUUGUUUGCAUCUACGGAUGUCCUGCCAGAGUUUGCUGCCAAUUCCUUUGUUUCUCAGGUGCAGCCACUGUUGUAACAUAAUUAGCAGCCAAUGUUGUACAUAGCUUGAUUCCACAAUCAGACAUUGGGUGAAUCUUCAGUUCAUCUGUUAUGGUUGAUUGAUAAACCGUGGUUGGAACACCAUGAGAGCUCCUUGGUCUUCUUCAGAUGGGUCUUGAUUUGAUCUCAUUGAUAAAAGGAACCCACUUCAGGAUGUCAAGUGUUAAGAUCAGUAGUUGGACAUGAAGCCCUGAACUGCUGAACUGCUGACAAAGUUAGUUUGGUUCCUCCUUUACAGAAAUCCUGGUAUUUAUUUGUAUUUAUAAUUUGUUUUUGGGUUAGGAUUAUGGAAGUUGGUAAUAAACACCAUAAUCUUCUGCUCACUCAAGUAGCACAUCACUGUUAUCCUGGCUCCUCUAAGGUCCAGGGAAGAAUAGGGUUUAAAACAUUCCUUCCUCUACCUGUGUGGCUGAACUUCAAUGGACUGAUCCUCUCCCAUGCAAAUAGAAAUCAAGCCACUAAUAGCCACCUGGGGUCAGCCAGUGUGGGGGUGAAUGAUACCAGCAGUAACCUCGUGAAUAUCUUACAGCACUCAUUCAUUCGUUAUAUGCCGUGUUGUAUGAUGUGGACGAUCAUGGUCUUCCCAUGACCAGGAUUGUUCUUGGCAAAUUUUUCUACAGAAGUGGUUUGCCAUUGCCUUCUUCUGGGCAUUGUCUUUACAAGAGUGGUGACCUCAGUCAUUAUCAAUACUCUUCAGAGAUUGUCUGCCUGGCGUCAGUGGUCACAUAACCAGGAUUUGUGAUGUGCACCAGCUGCUCAUCCGACCAUCCACUACCUGCUCCCAUGACUUCAUGUGACCCUGAUCCAGUCAGGGGGGAGGGUGUUAAGCAGGCUCUGCACCUUGUCCAAGGGUGACCUACAGGCUAGGGGAGGGAAGGAGCGCCUUACGCCUUCUUGCUAGAGACCUUUCUCCAUCACACCAUCCUCUUACCAAACUGCUACCUCUAAAACAUUAAAAGUAAAAUAAGUGUUAAUAUAACCUUGGUGCUCUCUACACUAACAGCGUUGUUGAAUCCUGUGUUUCAUUAUUUCAGCUGUCCUACUGAAAUGAGACUACAAUAGAGUUGGAGGUAUUGUUGUCAAGUUUAUCUCAUGACCCUGUGAGGUACUGUAUACAACCCGUGAGCUACAGUAUGUGGAAAUACUUUCAGGGAAAGUUGCAAUAUCCUCUUGUAAAUGAGCAAUACAUUUUGGGAAUAUGUGCAGUGGUGUUUAUUUGUAUGUCUUCUUGUACAACAUCAAUAAAACAAGGUUUCAAAAGAAAUAAAAAAAGAUCCAAAUCAAUAAAGACUAUAUAUCCUUCUCGCUAAUAUCCACUGCUGAAAAAGUGAGACAGCAAGUUCUUGGGGUAGGAGCUUCUCGUGAACAACGUAAAAAUAUGGACACACCUGAGACUGCUGGUAAUAGCACUAAGGUUGUAAUAGCAUACAGUGGUCAACAUUUCCAGGGAUAUAGCAAGUUCUCCUUCAGGUCUGAAUUGCAGCUUUCAUGUAAACCUGCCCACUUUCCUGGCCACCAUCACCACCUCCCCCGGUCUUUCCAAUUCCAACCCCAUCGCCAACCGCAGAUCCACCUGUAUUCUUGGCCCAUGUUCCAGAUCCAAUCCCAACAACAAGACCAUCCUUGUUUCUGACCUCUGGUGUUCCCAACUGCUGCAGGUUUCAGUUGAUUCUAUUAUGGUUAUUAUUAUAUUAUGCUUUAUUGAGUAUGCCCACCAGACAAUGAAUC